CUGGUGUGGAUCGGUGCAGGAAUUUGCUAGCAGUAAGCGACCGAUAAUGUUUUGUUUUUCCGUAGAUGCGUUGGGGAUUGGUCUGGCAAAAACGCACACGGAAAGCAUUAGGAAAUGGGCAUGGUAUGCUCGUCGUAUGCUGGUGUGGAUCGGUGCAGGAAUUUGCUAGCAGUAAGCGACCGAUAAUGUGUGGUUUUUCCGUAGAUGCGCUGGGGAUCGGUCUGGCAAAAACGCACACGAAAAGCAUUAGGAAAUUGUCGUAUUUUCUCGUGGUAUGCUGGCAUAAAUCGGUGCAGGAAUUUGCUAGCAGUAACCGACCAAUAAUGGGAUAUUUUUCGGCAGCUGCGUUGGGUAUUGGUCUGGCAAAUACGCACACGGAAAGCAUUAGGAAAUGGGCGUAUUUUCUCGUGGUAUGCUGGUGUGGAUCGGUGCAGGAAUCUGCUAGCAGUAAGCGACCGAUAAUGGGUUAUUUUUCGGUAGAUGCGUUGGGGAUUGGUCUGGAAAAAACGCACACAGAAAGCAUUAGGAAAUGGGCGUAUUUUCUCGUGGUAUGCUGGUGUGGAUCGGUGCAGGAAUUUGCUAGCAGUAAGCGACCGAUAAUGUGUUGUUUUUCCGUAGAUGCGUUGGGAAUCGGUCUGGCAAAUACGCACACGGAAAGCAUUAGGAAAUGGGCGUAUUUUCUCGUGGUAUGCUGGCAUAAAUCGGUGCAGGAAUUUGCUAGCAGUAAGCGACCGAUAAUGGGAUAUUUUUCGGCAGCUGCGUUGGGCAUUGGUCUGGCAAAUACGCACAUGAAAAGCAUUAGGAAAUGGGCGUAUUUUCUCGUGGUAUGCUGGCAUAAAUCGGUGCAGGAAUUUGCUAGCAGUAAGCGACCGAUAUUGGGUUAUUUUUCGGCAGCUGCGUUGGGCAUUGGUCUGGCAAAAACGCACACGCAAAUACGCAAAAAUGGGCGUAUUUUCUCGUGGUAUGCUGGUAUGAUUCGGUGCAGGAAUUUGCUAGCAGUAAGCGACCGAUAAUGUGUUGUUUUUUCGUAGAUGCGUUAGGGAUCGGUCUGGCAAAAACGCACACGAAAAGCAUUAGGAAAUUGUCGUAUUUUCUCGUGGUAUGCUGGCAUAAAUCGGUGCAGGAAUUUGCUAGCAGUAACCGACCAAUAAUGGGAUAUUUUUCGGCAGCUGCGUUGGGCAUUGGUCUGGCAAAUACGCACACGGAAAGCAUUAGGAAAUGGGCGUAUUUUCUCGUGGUAUGCUGGUGUGGAUCGGUGCAGGAAUCUGCUAGCAGUAAGCGACCGAUAAUGGGUUAUUUUUCGGUAGAUGCGUUGGGGAUUGGUCUGGAAAAAACGCACACGGAAAGCAUUAGGAAAUGGGCGUAUUUUCUCGUGGUAUGCUGGCAUAAAUCGGUGCAGGAAUUUGCUAGCAGUAAGCGACCGAUAAUGGGAUAUUUUUCGGCAGCUGCG